AUGAUCACUCCGAGCAUCGUCACUGUCUUGUGGGCUACUGCCCUUAUUGGGGGCGUCGCCUCCGUACCCUUAGAGCCUCGCCAAGGAGGCUGCUGUGCGUCGACUUCGGGAGGGAAAUCGGCGUCGACGCCGGGGGGGAAUUCGGCAUCAACGUCGCAGGCAGGUCGCGUCACAAUCGGCUACAGGACUGUUCAUCCAGACCAAGCAAGGGCGUACAACAGGGAGCAUAGACUUGUGUAUAACCCCGGGUUAACACGUGGAGCUGCGCAAAUCGGAAAGGGCGUUUACCUCACAUCUGGUCCCGGGCAGUGGGUUGGGAACCCCGGUGAUUGGCAUUGUCAUGUAACCGCUAAUAAGAAGGCCGUCGAGAACGUUCUUAAAGCCUGGAUCCCGGAAAACACCUGGUGGAAUAUCAAUAAGCAGUAUGAGUGGGCGGCCAAGCAAACCGUUAACAAGGUGAAGGUUGACGACGAGGCGUUUCAUCGCGCCCUUCGAAUGUCAAAGAUUGACAAAACCAACGAUCCCGGGGUCAAAUUUGCGAAGGGGGCUAAGCAGUUGCUCAUCCCGUCAGACCUCGUCAACGACAGGGACCUAGAUAUCCAGGUCGAUUGCAAAAAGGAAUGGAAGCGGCUCCCCGAUAACGUGGUCGUCGACUACAGAAGCUGGAAGAAAAAUGUUAUCGGAAAACCACAGUAA